AUGCUGAACGCAGCAGCACCUGUGUGGGUUCCCGAGGGCCCCCGGCUGAUGUACCUGCCGAACGUCUCGGAUGGUUCCUUUGUGCCGGCGUCGCCCAUCGAGCGUGUUGAGGCCAUCCCGGAGCCCGGGUUGAUCAACCCGCGAUGGGCCUACCUCCGGUUCAUCUGGCGGCUCGUGCUCGUGGGCAGGCCCGACGUCCUGUACGUGUCGCUCCCCGGCGUACAGGCCGUGCAAAAGGACAGGGACGGGUGGCACGUCUGCCUGUGGGGCGGCCAACGGUCGACGGCACACCGGUACUUCUACCUCGAGCCCUACGCCAACAUCGAGCAGAAGCCCUCCCGCAUCGACCAGAGCCGGGACGCAGCGCCGUUCUGCGUGAAGCCGGCCGUGACCUGGCCGGACUACCUAGCGCGGGCGCAUGGGUACACACCGUGGAAGCUGGCUACCCCGGUGAAUGCUGGGCCCUGGCCGGAGCCCGCGAUGCCUGUCUUUCCGCCUCGGGUCACACCCCCUGUCUUUGCGCCUUGGCCGGUGCCUGUUUAUGCUCCUUGCCCACCGCCUAUCAUUCCUGGUUGGCAGAUGACUAGACAGUCGAGUUGGGAAGGCAUAUGGCAGUAA